AUAACGAUAAACGUCAUUCCAUAGACGAAGCAAGGGAGAAUUUCUGCAAAUCACUUAACCAAUCUACAGAACUUUGUUUAACAAGAAAUAUUGUUAAAUUGUGAACAAUCAUGCAUAAAAUUCAAUCGUUCCCUGAAUAUCAAGUGCCCGGUGCGCAACAUCAAGAUUUUUCGCCAUACGAAUCAAAUGGAGGAUCUAUCGUGGCUAUUGCCGGUGAGGAUUAUGUUGUGAUUGCUGCAGAUACACGUUUGAGCAGUGGCUACACCAUCCACACACGAAAGCAAAAUAAAUUGUUUCAAUUAUCCGAGAAAACUGUGCUCGGUUCAACGGGCUGUUGGUGCGACACCUUGGCGCUGACGAGUUUGGUAAAUGCUCGCAUGCAAAUGUAUGAGCAUCUAAAUUUGAAAACUAUGUCAACAGAAGCUAUCGCGCAGAUGUUAUCUAUCCUCAUGUACAACAGGCGCUUUUUCCCAUACUAUAUUUCGAAUGUGUUGGCUGGUCUAGAUACCGAAGGAAAGGGUGUCGUUUAUUCAUAUGAUCCUAUUGGACAUUGUGAACGCACCACAUAUCGUGCAGGAGGCUCUGCAGGUACUCUACUUCAGCCAGUGUUGGAUAACCAGAUUGGGGGCAAGGAUAAGGAUGUGAAGAACAAACCCAAAGUGUCUUUGGAGAAAGCUAAGGAAGUAGCUAAAGAUGCUUUCAUUUCUGCAGCGGAACGCGAUAUUUAUACUGGGGAUUCAGUCAUUUUAAAAGUCAUCACCAAAAAUGGGAUUGUCGAAGAGGAGGUGCAGUUGCGCAAAGAUUAAUUGCUAAGGAUUUUGCUGCUUAUUUCUUAAUAUGUUAUAAGGAAUUUUGAAUAUAAAUACAUACAAACUUUCAGUACA